AUGCCGGCCAUGGCCCUGAGACGGAUAUCAGCCUUACCCCGCCGUACUACUACUACUACUACUACUCCUACUUCCACCACAGCGUCUACGUCCGCCAUGUCUCGGAAACUGUUCCAUACCACCCCUACGACCAAAAAUACCACUACCUUUCCCGAAGUUCCUGUAGAGCUGGAAUCUCAAGCACCGAGUAUUGGAAGGUCGCCGGUGAUAAAGCCUUUGGCGCGUAGGCCCAGGAACGCCCGGAACACGAGAUGGACUCCAGAGCUGGACGAGAAACUCCUCGAGCUUCGAAAGGGGAACCGGACUUGGGAAGCCAUCAGUCUUGCCAUGGGCCGUUCGACCUCUGCCUGUGCAGAUCGGUACUACACAGCUCUGGACCCAGCACUACGCAAUUGGACACCGGCCAUGUUUGCGAAACUGAACCAGAUGGUCGAGGAUGGCGAGAAAUGGUCCGAUAUCGCGGUCGCGUUGAAUGCCAAGAUUGUGGCGUGUCAGAAUCAGUGGCGGACGCUGGGGAAUGGGAAAUAUAGGAUCAAGGGGAUCUUUAUGACGUCGCAGUCCUUGUCGUGGACGCCCUACGAGAUGGAGGCUUUCUGGGCGGCCUGGAUUCGGUUGAGCGAGGAGGCUUAUCAGGAUGAUUUGGGACACAAGUUGGAUUGGGAGGAGUUUUCGGCAGAGGUCAAGACAAAGUCGCCGAUCGAGUGUCGGAAGGCGUUCAAGUUGUUGGUUAACCAUGCUCUCAAAGAUGCACCUGGAUGGGUUAAGCUGGAGACGGUUAGUUAUGUCUCGGAGACGACCAAGGUUGCCCGGGCCCGGAAACACCUUGAACUCAAGGAGAAGAAUCUGAAGAAUGCGGCAGUAGCAGGAAGAGAGGCUCUGAAUUUGGACGACGAGGAUCUGGAAGAUGACGAUGAUGAUGAGAUGACUACUGAUGAUGCUACAAGAGGAACAAGAAACACACCACAACAGUUGAUUGCCUGGACGGACGAGGAGCACAAGGCACUUUUUGAGGCUGUGGAGCGGUAUGGAUUGUUCUCUGGCUGGACAAAGAUCAGGAAUGAAGUCAAACCUGAUGCAAAUGACGAGGAUGUUGAGACCGAGUACUAUCAUGUGAGCGGAAUCCAGGAGAGGCCGAACGAUAGUGACAUUGUUGAGAUUGUGCCAGUGCAGAAAGGGACAAUGAUCCAUGGCGAGUGGACAGUCAAGGAAGCUGCACGGUUGAGUCAGGUCCUGACGAAGUACAGUCAUAUGCCCAUUUGGGCUGAAAGAGCCGAGGAGAUAGGGGUUUCACCGACUGAAGAGGAUUACGAGAUCUUGUUCAAGAACAACAGGGAGCAUCCGAUCAAGCGACUGAGCAAGAAGGAGUUGAAGGCGCUGGAGGCUCCGAAGGAUGGAAGACGGAGAGUCAGAGGGCGGGGCAAGAAGUUCCUCCUCAAGGAGGUUGAAGAUCCCGCUAGACCUGGCGCCGGGAUUGCAACAACACCAGCAGUACGGGAGCCAGUCCGCAGAACGGAGGAGACCAUCACCCCGACCACUAAAACUACCCAUCAAAAUUCUGACAACAACAACGACGAUGAAGAACCCAACGAGCAAAGAACGGAACUCCUGUGGAACGCCGACCGGACGCUACGCCUCCGCCGCCUUGUAGGCCAACAGCAACUCCAAGAACGCUCAGGUCACGCUAUCGACUGGUCCUGGAUCGCAGAACAUAUCGGCCCUGGAUUCAACGCCAGCACCUGUAUCACCAAAUGGCAGUCUCUCCCCGAACACUCCUCCAUCAAGGUCGAACCGGCCCGGUUCUGGGACCUGGCAGAUAUCCGGUUACUGGAACAAGGGAUCCUGGCACACGGCAACCAAUGGGUUUUUAUCCAGCGCGACUUCCUCCCUGAACGGACAACAGACUCUAUCCGCCGUAAAGUCAGUAACUUGCAAAAGAAGCACGAGCAUCUGAUCGUGGACGUCCGUGCGACCGCCGUAGCAUUGAAGGGGAAAUACCCGGAUUUGGAUGUCGAGGAAACAGUCAAGAAUGCGAUUCUUGCCGAUGAGAGCUGUACCCUGUGGGGCCGGCUUAAUGAUCUGUUGAAGCAGUACCGGGAAAACCCUAGGCACGGCCCCAACGGUCCUAGAAGGCGUGAGUCCUCAACGGAGGUGUAG